AUGGCGGUCGCAUCCACAUCCGGCAAUGCGGAUGAUGGCGCUGCAGCGUUCGCUUCGUCAUCCACUGCAGCGCCUUCGCCCACGCUCUAUGUCAAAAACAUCGAGGGCAAGAUCAAGAAACCUGAGUUGAGACAACAACUGCUUGCACUCUUCUCCACGUACGGUCGGGUGCUAGACGUGGUGGCAACACGAGCGCCGUCUAUGCGAGGCCAAGCAUUCGUCGUGUUCGAAUCCGUCUCCUUCUCCAGUGCGGCCAAACGCGGCCUGGAAGGCUUCCCGUUCUACGGCAAGAGUCUGCACAUUGAAUACUCGACGGGCACCAAGUCAAAAGCGCUGCUCAAACGCGAAUUGGGACAUGAAGCGCUGAUGGAGCGCGACUGGGAACGCAGUCAUACGCUAGUCAGUCGACGUAGUGAGAAACGCGACCUGCUCUCGCAGCAAGAUGCGGAAGAGGAUGAGAACACCACAGUGCAAGCGCAAGAUGACGAAGCGACACGCCGAAAACGUGCCAAGCUCGACAAGAUCCUACUCGUCGCCGAACGUAUCCCAGCAACGAUCCAAUUGCAUAUCUUGCAAACGCUCUUCCAGUCACAUUCCGGCUUUGUCGACGUAAUCCCGGCAGAUCGUACACAGCAAGACGAUCCCAAACAGAACAACGACGAUUGGACAGCCCACAUCCACUUUGAUUCCAAAGCCCACGCUGAAGCUGCAAGAAACACGUUGGAUGGCGUACAGCUCGAUCCGCUGUACAAGCUCGAUCUGCAUUUCGUUUAG